AUGCCCGCUGGUGAAGAAAUAAAAGAUGAAAAGGAUCUACUUUUUGCACUAGACCAGGCACCAUCUUCCCCGGCACGGCGAAAAUCCCUGCUCGCUCAACAGCUAGACGCCCUGCAGGCACAGACACUGCUGAUCAAGCUUAUGACCUGCUCAAACGUUACAAUCUCAAACGUUACAAUCGAGUCUGGGAUUUGUCUUGCAUGAUGAGCGUGACAGACUCGCAGAGCGUUUCACUUUCUGCAAUACAAAUUUCGCCAGAUUAUAGUGCGGUUUGGAGCUCCGAAACUUGUCAUGCGCAAUCCUGUGGGAAGAGGCUAGAUCAUGCGCUCUUGCAUCACAGAUCUCCAUAUUCUAUUGUAACGUUUGAGAUUGUAACACCUGAGCAGGUUAUAAAGCUGAAGUUGCUGGAAGGGGAAAUAUUGACAGCUGAUGCAUCUUUAUCCUGUGCAAAACUAUCGCACUCGUAUUGCAAUCAUGCAUUACAAAUCUUGUUUCCAAGGCAUAUCUGCAUAUACAAAUUUCAUUUCUCAUGCUGAGGAAAUAAUUUGUAAUGCAUUUACACGACGAGUGCGAUGCUUUUGCACUGCAUAAUCUUCCAGUGCCACUCGUGCCGCUCCUAAAAGUGAUCUUCCUGACGUCGCUCCUUCAUCUGCAAACAGUACUACAAAAAGAAUGCCGGCGGUCCUCGCCGACCACAGCGAUUUUUACCAGGUUCUUGACGCUGGCCACGUGGCUCUGGCCGACACAGUGACUAUCAAAUGCAAAAGUGUCUGGGUCUGGAAGGAUGCAACUUGUGAUGCUACCUUUGGACUCUACAUAAAAUCUGUAUUGCAUGAACAGCAAAAGAGGUGUAAUGCUACGCGGAGAAAGUUUUUCUCAUGCGGUAUGAGCAUCAGAAAGCUCUCGCAAAAUCUCUGAUGCUAGGGCAUGUAUCACAGACCUCAUGGGUCAAGGUCAUGCGAAAUCUGCAUGACAAACUCCUGCAUUCUUCCAGACCCAGACACUUUUGCAAUCCAUAGUGGCAGAGGAGUUCAAAAUCCUGUGGAGCGAGUGGCGAGAAAAACGGCUAUCAAAUGCAAAAAUGUCUGGGUCUGGAAGAACGCAGCUUGUGAUGCUGCAUUUGGAUUCCAAAAAAAUCUGUAUUGCAUGAGCAGCAAAGGGAACGCAUUUUUUGCUACGCGGAGAGGGCAUUUGUCAUGCCGAAUAGGCAUCCAGAAGCCCUCAAAAAAUCUGUGAUGCUAGGGCAUGCAUCACAGACAUCAUGUCUCAUGCGACACGUGCAUGACAAGUCUCAGAAUCUUCCAGGAGACCCAGGCAUUUUUACAGUUAAUAACGGCAGCGCAGAUACGAAUCAGAGCGGGUGUUUCUUCAGGAAACCGAAGUGGUAGGGAUACAGAAGUGGCAUAGUUAUGCAGGACAAGUACAAGAACCUUUACCUUCUCCUUCGCCGAUGUUGCUGGCGGCCGGCUCCUCGUCCUCCGCCGCGGACCGGCAAGUUCCGGAGCAGACAAAGCUGAUCUGUUAUCCAAUGCAAAUAUCCCUGGAUCCCUGGAUAAGGUUGUAACUUGUGAUGCUGUCUUCGGAUUCGAAAAAAAUCUGUAUUGCAUGAGGAGCUGCAACAGGAGUCCAGUUUAUUGCUGUACACGGACAGGGCAUUAUUUCUCAUGCAGAAAAGGCAUCAGGAAUCCCUCUAAAAAUCUGUGAUGCUAGGCUAUGCAUUACAGGCAUCAUGGGCCAUGCAAAACAUGCAUGACAAACCUGGAAACCAUCCAGACCCAGACAUAUUUGCAUUUGAUAUCUGUGGGCUCUUACUCAGAGCGAACAGCCUGUACGCCGAGUUCGCCGUGGCAGUUUAUGAACUGCAAAAGUAUCGCACUCGUAUUGCAAUCAUGCAUUACAAAUCUUGUUCUUAAGGUAUCGCAGCAUUACAAAUUUCAUUUGUAAUGCUGAGCGAAUUUGUAAUGCGAUUUAUAGAUACUAGUACGAUGCUUUUGCACUGCAUACAGUGUUGCCAGAGCUGAUUGCCCCCGCCCUCUCGAGCAGCGGUGCAGCGGACAGCCCCUCCAUCGAAAAAAUUACUUCGCAGCUUGGUGCAACAUCCCGUGAUCAUGUAGUAGGCGACGUGGCAGAUAAAAAGAUGACAACGACCGCAGCAGGAGUUGUACCCACAGGGGCCGCUGCCGUCAACAGCGCGGAAAGUUGUGCAACUAGGUCUUACUUUGACCAGGAGAUGCGGCCGCGAACCGCCGAGGCCAGGUCGUUCGCGGAAAACCGGUUUACCAACCGGGUGAAGCUUCUAAGUUACAAUCUCCAAUUUCGCCCGCCCUUGCCGCCCUCCUUUCCGGAGUUUCAGGAAUUCCUUUCCACUACGGCGAAAACGACGUCGACUGUGGUAAGCACGUCGACGGAACCGGCUAGAAGACGUGAAAAUGAAAAUGCCGCCAGCACCGGCCGUGCUGUUGGUGCGGCUGGUAGAUCGUCGACCACAUCGAGCCUUACUUCUGGUCCACCGCAGCACAGCAUGUCGUCCACUGCAUUUUGGGAAGGCGAAGCUGCAAAAGACGAGCGGCUGAAAAGACUCCUGGCACCCGGAGAGGAGGUACCAAAUGCAAAAAUGUCUGGAUCUGGAAGGAUGCAACUACUUGUAGUGCUAUUUUUGGAUUCUAAAAAAAUUCUGUGUUGCAUGACAGGCAACAGGAGUCCAGUUUUUGUCACGUGGAGAGGGCAUUUCUCAUGCAGGAUAUGCAUCAAGAAGCACUCAGAAAAUCUGUGAUGGUAGGGCAUACAUCACAGCCGUCAUGGGUCAUGUCAGGCGUGCAUGACAAGUCUUCCAAUCUUCCAGACCCAGACAUUUUUGCAUUUGAUAGGAGGUGCCGGUUGGAGCCGAGGAAAAUGGAAAUCAAAAUCGGAAUGAUUUGACGCACACAAGAACUACCGUCAGCACUGCCACUGGCCCUCCUGGAACAUCAAGCGAUGUAUUCUUGAAAACAGAACAUCAAACCGACGGCGCGCGAACCUGCAUUUUCGGCGGAAAAUUCGAUUUCCUUUGUCUGCUAUGAAUUGCAAAUAUGUCUGGGUCUGGAAGAAUGGAUGUUUGUCAUGCUUGUCUGGCAUGACUCUUGAAUCUGUCAUGCACGUUACCCAAGCGCUCCAUUUUUCUGUCAUGCAGGAACGCAGUUUGUCAUGCAGAAUAGGCAACACCUAGAAGCUCAGAAACUUGUCAUGCUGGGCCAGCACUUGUGGCCUCAUCAUGGUACGCCACCCAGCAUCACAAGUUUCCAGACCCAGACAUUUUUGCAUUUGAUAUCUGCAGGAGGUCUACGAUUCGUAUUCAGACCGAAGGACUAUCACAUGCAAAAAUGUCUUGGCCUGGAAGAGUGGAACUUGUAAUGCUGUCUGCGGAUUCUAAAGAUAUCUGUGUUGCAUGAGCAGCAAGAGGAGUCAGUUCUUGGCACGCGUUGAGGGCAUUUGUCAUGCGUAAUUAGCAUCAAGUAGCUCUCAAAAAAUCUGCGAUGCUAGCACCAGCAUCUCAGACCUGACGGGUCAUGCAAAAUGUGCAUGACAAGCCCCGACUCUUCCAGACCCAGACACUUUUGCAGUUGAUAAGGACGAAAAUUGUGCAACAGUUUCUCGCCGACAAGAAGCGGCUGGUCGGGCUCAAGGGUCCUCAACACGCAGGUCGUUUUCAUCCUGAUGAAAGGAGCGACGACGGACGAGGGGGAACAAACCAACAAGACGAGGAGUUUGCGUUGUCGCGCCGGCAGCACUUGCAAAACCAGCAGCAGGCGCCGGCGUUUCUGCCAGAGAACCACCCGGCAGGACGACGGGGUCCACGUCCCGCCAGCACGUUGAUGCCCAGCACCGCCUCCGCGUUACUAUCUCGCAGUACAAUCGUGGCGCGCAGACGAGCUGAAAUUUUGCGCGCCUCCCACCUGGCUGCGGUCACCCACAGCCCGCAACCGUAUGAUCAUUUCGGGUCCUCUACUUCGGAAGCUGCUGCGCAAGAGGACGAAGAUCAUCAUGUUUUUCCACUUUUUGAAGACGUUGAUGACCAGGACACAGCGGCUAGGGGACCUACUACUACGUCGAGUAGAAGCAACGCAAUAAACUACCACACCGGAACUGCGGAAGAUGAUCACUCAUCGCUGCAAGAAGAUCUCCACGUGUUCGCCUCCUCCACCCUGACAUCCAACGCGGUCCUGACGAAUGGCUACGCCCUCGAUGCGGGGCUGUUGCUUUUCUAUUCAAAAAAAAAUGACUGUACGUCUGGUAGGUCAACUUCAUUUUUGGCCGAAAAGCAUGAAAGACAAAUCUUUCGGGUGUAGUACAUAGCAAAAAAAAGAAAAACAACUUUUCGUGGGCUGAUAGCGCGAUGUGAAGACACGAGCGACGUUUUCGGCCACACGAUACUAGCCGCCAUGAUGCAUGUUCUGCACGACAAGUGUUGUCACUGCCGUACUUCGUCCUCUGCAACUACACACAGUUACACUAACAAUUUUUUUUGGUUGCAUAUUUGAUCGAAGUACCCGAUUGUGGACAGGGAGGAGCUGCAGUUUGAGACGUUGGGGCGCGGCUGGGACAAGUUUAUCUGCUUUGGCGCACUUUACGCAAAAAUCAGGAUUCCAAGGCUGUCUUCGGCGAAGCAGGACCACGGGACUUCUGCGGACGAAGGCAAGAAUAGAAGUUACCAGCAGGAGGAGCAGCAGUGGCCCUGUGAUGAAGUACAACAACAACAAUCGACUUUAUUGUCAAUAAGCACGACUUGCGAAUACGUGCACCUGAUCACGACCCGGCUGCAGCCUGAGUAUGACGAACAUUCCCAGGCGGCGCGACACGAUCAAAUCUUGGAGCUCGUCGAGUUUGUGCUCAGGCUCGCAAAAAAGAGAACAGGAGGAGAGCAGGAAAGAGGUAGUUCUUCUACUUCUUUUUUCCAGUGGCCGCUGAUUCUGACCGGGGAUUUUAACUGUCGGUCCGAGCUGGAGUGGGAGCGGGACUUGCUGCCUUUGUUGCAAAAGUACUUGGCAAGUCCUCGUCCGCACGAAGUAUGUACUAUGUGGGAAACGAUACACGAUCUGUCAUCUUCCGGCAGCACAACAAAUCAGCUGGAGCGAGAUGCGCGGGCAAAGGGGUACAAUCGAAAAAAGAAAAACGCGGCAGGUGGCGUUGCUGGUGUUGGGGUCGUUGGCGAGGCCGGUGGUACAACUAGUACCGGGAGCUGCUGUACCAGAGAGGCAGAAGACAUCGGCACUUCUGUGGACAACCCAAUGCAGUGGAACAAAGUUUUGUUUUUCACCCCGCGGCAAAGUUCUGGUGUAAUUCUUGAGAAAGACAGCCGCGAGGACGGCUUUUUUCAGGAAGAGGACACCGGUACCGGAGUAGAGCUGCAAGAUCAAGCGGAGGAAGCAAUAAAAAAGAAAACUUCCGCCCAGGAGGACGAGGUGGGCGAGGAGCCUUCUACAUAUCAAGUGUAAAAAUGUCUGGGUCUGGAAAAGUGUAGACUUGUCAUGCAGAUUUUCCAUGACCCAUGAGGUCUGGAAUGCGGAACUUAGCAUGACAGACUCUGCGAGGUCUCUGCCAUGCCUAUCCUGCAUGAGAAACUCCCCUCCAACUUUUGGUCAAAAGUGUACAGCUUUUGGCACUCAUGCAACACAGAUUUUCGCAUGCUUCAGAUUUACCAUGACAAGUUGGAAUCUUCCAGACCCAGACAUUUUUGCAAUUCAUACUACAUCAACUCCUCUUCGGUGUCAACAAGAACUCGAGUAUCAAAUGCAAAUAUCCCUGGAUGUCUGGAAGAUUCGGAGACUUGUCAUGCAGAUUUUCCAUGAUCCAUGUCGUCUGGAAUGCAGGACCUAGCAUGACAGAUUCUGUGAGAUCCCUAUCAUGCCUAUCCUGCAUGAGAAACCUCCUCUCAACUUGAUCAAAAGUGGACAACUUUUGGCAUUCAUGCAACACAGAUUACAAGUCAUGCAUCCAGAAUUAGCAUUACAAGUUGCAACAUCCUUCCAGACCCAGACACUUUUGCAAUGCAUAUCGAGGGUCUCCUUGCCAAGAUCAAAGCGGAAGAACCCAAGCUCGCCCCCAUCUCGCUCCUGCACAAAUCUGCAUCGUGGAAGCCGCAGGACCUUGCGGCUGUUGCUAUCAAAUGCAAAUAUGAUGAUUGGGUCUGGAAAGUUGGAGCUUAUCAUGCACAUUUCGCAUGACCCAUAAUGUCUGUGAUGCAUGCCCUAGCAUCACAGAUUUUUUGAGAGCUCCUUCUUGCUGCUAAUUAGAAUUACGCAUGAGAAAUGCCCGCCCCCCGUGCCAAAGAGUGACUGCUUCUCUGGCUGCUCAUCAUGCAACACAGAUAUUUUUAGAAUCCGCAGACAGCAUCACAAGUUCCGCUCUUCCAGAGGACCCACACAUAUUUGCAUUUGAUAGUUGCGCAGGCGGAGCAUUUCGUCGAGAAGACGCAGAUAUGCAUUGCAAAAGUAUCGUACUCGUAUUGGUAUUGCAAUCAUGCAUGCAGUAAUCUGAGUUGUCCUACGCUGAGUUGCUUUUUUGACUUUUUUUUGCGCAGUUCCUGGCGCGAUCUGAAUUGUCACAAUAUAGCUCAUACGUUCGACUUUCGUCCUUGCUACGUUUUCUUCGUGAAUCCUUACUGUUUUGCCGCUUUGGGUUUCACGUAUGACGGGGGGAACGUCAUAUCUUGCAACUUUAGCCGUCGCCUUUCCGGGGUUGUCAUCACGUGAUAAUCAUGUGAUUAUCACGUGAUGAAAACAACUCAAAAUGGCUUAUGGAUCGCAAAAAUCAUGUGAUUAUCACGUGACUACUCACGUGAUUAUCAUGUGAUCCGCGCAGGCUUGAUUGUUCGGGGCCCAAAGCAUGGCGCAACGGGUAAAAAGCUGCACGCGCUGCGUUCUACCGCAGCCAGUUUGCGGGGGUCCUGCCAAGGAAUGCUCUCCCGGGCCCUGGGCAUGGACCAUGCCCAUGGUUGCGCGUGUGGCGGGGCAGCGUUCCGAGCAAAUUGCCGCAAGUCUCCCGGUCUAACUAUUUCGGCACGCCUCGCGCCUGGUAUAACCCAUAGCGCUUGCGGGCGUCCUUCCCCCCCCCCCCCCCCCGGGCCCUCUUUCGCAUGCUGCCGCGCAUGCGAAAUCAGGGCGCGCGCGCUGCCUAUCUUCGCUUUUGCUUUAAAGCAAUGCUAUUGCUAUGAGGAAAACGUCGGCACGCACGCACACUGCCCGUCGCGCCAUAGGCCUAGCGCCCGCGCAGGCUUCCCGCGCUACCGGCCUUUUAGGGCGAGCGCUUCUAUCGAAGGCGCCCGUAAGCGUGGUGGGGGUGGGCACUUCCAUUUCCGUGGACUAUUGUCUUCUUGCUUCAGAGCUUGUCGCUGGCUUGUGCCGGGAAAUAUAUUUCCGAUUGACCGAGAUAGGCUGCUUUGUCUUUCUGCGCUGAAUUGCUUCGCUUUCUGACAAUUCAGCUGCUGAGCUAUUGCCUUCGUUUUUGGUCAAAUACGACACAAGGUCCGCUAUUUUCGCUUUUGAAGAAGUUGGCUGCUGAAAUGCCUUGCUCGCUGUUUUCGGGUUUUCGUAAUACGAUACGAUGUAAGGUUUUCUGGAUUCUUAAUACGUAUUUGGGUACAAUUCAUCCUAUACGACAACUCAUCUACCUGCAUGCAUUACAAAUCUUUUUCUCAAGGUAAAUCUGCAUUACAAAUUUUAUUUCUCAUGCUGAGGAAUGCAUUUUUUUAUACGAGCGCGAUACUUUUGCAGGUCAUAACAGAUGCUCCUGGACCGAGGAAAACAGUUUCUGAAGGAAAAUCUCCCGGAACAGAUCACCGCGCACGCAUCGGUCGCCCCGUAUUUGAUGGACGUGGAGCAGCUGAAGAACGGUAACCCGGUCCUCUGGAGCGACGCUUACGGCGUCGUGAAGUCGUCGCCCGUUCUUGGUAGCACAGCGUACAGUCCUUCCGGCGUCGAGGUCAAAAACGGCGGUCGUGGCGCUCCGCGAGGCAAGGCAACUGGAGGUGGUGGCUCUACUCCUGCUUCCUUCUCUCAACUAUCCUGUGCAAAAGUAUCGUACUCGUACUAAUUGCAGUCAUGCAUUACAAUUUUUUUUCUUAAGGUGAAUCCGCAUGACAAAUUUUAUUUCUCAUGCUGAGGGAAUUUGUAAUGCAUGCACCCAGAUGAAUUGUCGUAUAAGAUGAAAUGUAACAAAAUACGUAUCUGUUAUCCAGCGAAGCUUGCAGCGUAUCGUAUUACGCAGCAGAGAAAAGCGAAAGCGAACACCAGCCGAGCCAAAUUCGACAAAAGCAAAAAAGCAACCCUUGCAACAUAUUUUCCCAAAAAUGAAUUGCAAGAAGCAUCAAGCGUUGUUGUAAAAAUCGAUGCAAUUCAGCGUGAAAAGACAAAGCAGCUCAGCUUGCCGCUUCUGUGAUAUAGCUGCGCUGCGAAAUAGAAUAAGACGAGCAAGCGGAAAAAAAAUGCAGCAAAGUAGCGACAGGAAAGCGAGCGCGAUCUACUUCUAUUGCCUCAGCUGCAGCUUCUGUGACAAAAUUGACGCACUGAGAAACGCGAUCAAAAAAAAAAGUCGCUCUUUAGAUUGUGAAAAUGUAGGGAAUGAGAACGAGAAAGCCAAAGCUAACAUAGGGAGAACAAAAAUACACAGAACGAGUUCCACAUUAGCAAAUAAAGCCUACAAGACUUAACUUGCACCAACACAAAACGCAGGGACAUAUCAAAUUAGCAACGCGAGUUUUGUAUGAGAACAAAACGAGCGAAGGAGAACUUGCAGGCGAAGUGCAGCGUCGGGGCAAGUUGGUGAAAGCGUUAGCCGUCAAUCAACAUGCGGGGUGCGCUGUACUUCGUACGGAAAUGGAAACAGUUUGCAGAAACAGAAGACAGCAGAAUAGUGUAAAAAUUGCAUGUAAAAUUCAAGAAGAAGCGCAUAGUGUACAAGUGGAGCGCAGCAACAGAGCGCGUUGGUCGAAGCGACAGCCUCAAAUCAACUCGCGUGGUGCGCUGCGCUCCUAGUUGUAAUAGUUAUAGCUGAUAACAGUUCAAGUCCGACACAAGAAGAGAUACGAGAAAAGACGAGAAAAACGACUGAUAAAAGUAGCACAACGCAUGUUGUUUCUCACGAGAAAUUACACAUGCGAAAAAAAACAAAACGAGUAAAAGGAACGCAACGCAUCUUCUAGCACAAGAAAUAACAACCGCCCAAGAAGCUAAGCAAAAACGGAAAGCCGACGCCGCGGCGCUUUUCGCGUGCCCCCUCUUCAGGGCUCGGGAUUCUUGAACGCAGACAGAGACCGGCGCCCCUCCGAGGCGGAGGACGUCGAGGCCAUGCGGUGCAGUUCCUGAAGCUCCGGCGGGGCGCGCGGCUCGAUCGAAGUCGUGCGCCACGUUGCCGGCAUGCGCAGAAACUGGCCGCCUUGAAAAUUUCGCGUGAGCGCCAAAGGAAUGAAAACGACGCAAGGGCACCGCUGAGCACGCCACCACGCCAUUGGUGCAGCCUCAUAAAUUCGCCAAACGAUGCUGACACCAGUAACGCCCUCAAUGCGGAUCCGAAUUCCGCGCGUCGCCCCCUCGACACGGGUGACCGAACCCCGGAUGUUCGUGGGAACUUGUUUCGGGCCGGCAGUUUCCAGCUCGGCGACGUCGACGUAGGCUUUCGUUUGCCCUUAUGCACUGCAAAAUCGCACUGGCGCAACGUAAUUACGCAAGCAGCCAAAUAAAAACAAAGAAAAACUAGAGGCCAGCAUGCUUCUGGGCGCAUAAAGAGAAAAAAAGACACUGAGAAAAAUGCGCAACCACAUGCGCGCCAGCACGAGUGUUGCAGAGCUUAAGAGCGGAAGCGACCCCGAGCCAAAAACGCGAUCCAUUGCGGGGUCGACGGCGACGACCGCGGAAAGAUCGUCGCCCGCAGCUGGAGGCGGUGGCCCAGCAAUCGACGCCGUUUCUUGUUGGACUCGUGGCGGGACGUGAUUCGGCGCGGCAGGCGGCGCGGUCUCGGUGGGAGGCGCAGGCGGCGCGGCGACUUGCGUGAGGCCCGUGGGGCACCGCUUGAGGUCCUUCCAAGGAACAUCGCGCAGAGUCGUUUCGCGUUUCUUGCCGGAGAGGACUCCGUCGCUGCGGACAUCCACCCCGAGCGCCUUCACCUGCGUAACGACGAAAGGCCCCAAGAAUUUUGUUGCCAAGCCGGGGCUUUUCUGUCUGUUUCUGCACAAAACACGUUCCCCAAUUUUCAGCUUUUUAAUGUCCUUCAGCCUGCCCCCGUCCUCCCGAUUUUCAAAGAAGCGGCUGCGAUUGCGUAGCGCCUGUCUGGCCAGGGAGCCGCGCAACGUUGCGGCCGCAAAAUCAGCAGCGCCAUCACUUUCGCCACCCGCGGCCCCGGCGCCGUGUUUCCGUUCCUCGGAAUUCUGCGGCGGGGGUCCAGCCAGUGGGGUGGCUGAGGCUGCGCUUGCGCUUUCUGCCGCGGCGCCCUUGUCUGCAACGAUAUGCGGAGGCGCACGCUGCACGGGAUGCAGAGUGGCUUCGGUGAUGUCCCGUAAGGGGCGGAGAAACGUGUUCAAAUGCCUCGCAGCGGGAAUCCGACGGCCCCGCGUCGCCCGUCGGUUCAGUGCCGCAACAGACGCAGGCAAAUGACGAGGCCAAUCCUUUUCGCCCCCCCUUUUACGCAGUUGCUGCUUCAACUGUCCAUUGUAGGUUAUCAUCGAAAAAUCCUCCCUCCCCAUAUUGCAAAAGGAAUUUGCGUUGCUGAUGCGUGGCCGCGAGUUGUAGUCCGUUGCAGAACACGCGCGAACACGAACCCAGCAACACGAAUGGUCUUCAUAAAUAGGGGGGAGCGUCUUUUUCAGUUUCGUAGAACUUUCCGCGGCACCAUUGGACUGCGGAUGCGCGCGAGGGCUUUCGCGGAUAUCCGUGCGAAAGGCUGCGCCCGCCGGGGGGUCGUUGGUGAAGGUCGCGCACUUAUGGUCGCGCGUCAAGCAGGUGCACUGGCUCCAGUUCUUUAUCUGCUGCAGCUCUGUGCCCUUGUCAAUGUUCAAAUGAUCCGGCACGCCGUGUUCCUCGAUCAUGUCCAGAUACGCUUGCUUGACCUCUUCCGCCUCGAAGCUCGUCAGCAGUUUGGAACAAACAGCGCCAGUCGUGAGGCAGCACAUGUUCAAACAACCGACGAAGCGCGUGCCGACAUUUUUGCCGCGGUGCGCCGAGUUUUCGCAGGGGGUGCAAACUAUGCAGUCGAGCCCUGCCCAGGCAAAAGGCCGAAGGGACUCACUGGCGGGGUCCUUGAGCGCCGCCAAAGUACUGCUUGCGUAAGAAUCCUGCUGCUGCGGCGCAUGUUCUUCGUUGGCCGCGCAAGCCUCGCACGCUUGCACCGCAGCCCGCGCGCUUUCUUUCAAGCCGCACCACGUGAAGCCAAGCUGCUGGAUGGCCACCCCAGUUGCCUCAAUUCCCCCAUGCGACCGCAAAUGCCCAAGGGCCGCAAUGCGCUGUUUUUCCGCGUCGUCGUCGGCGCCGAUGACGGUAAGCCAAUCCGGAUACACCGUCAGCGCCUCGGUGGUUUUGCGUCCGUAGCCCUGGAACUCUGCGCGGGCCUGCAGCUUGCCCGUGCCCGGGGCCAAGCGGAAAAAGUUUUUCUUUGUUUUCCACCACUUCCGCUGCCGCGCGGUAAGUCCCAACGCUUUGGAAGCCGCCCCAAUGUCAGCAGCUCGCAGCAAGAAUUCAAUCGCGCCAUCGGGCAAAGAAAAAUUUUUGCCGGCGUUGGACUUUCGCCCGCGCUUUCGUGGGGGGGGCGCGCACUCGCUCGCAUCCGAAGCAGCCUCCCCAUCGCUUUCGCUCGAGUCGCUCAAGCUAACAACGCUCGAAACCGACGGCGCCGGCGCAUCUGCUUCCGCUGCACGUUUGCGAGAGGCCAAGCCAACCGCCACAGGUUCGCCCUCUUGCGUUUCCAAAACCGUUUCGGCCUUCGUUUCGGGGGGCGGGGCAAAGGAAGUCCCCGUCGCUUCCGCUUUCGGCUGAGCGCCGCGCCUGACAAAGGCGUUGUAGUGGCGGCCAUCGUACUCGAGUCGGAUCGCCUUCGCGCCGCUUCCGAUUUUCUGCGCCUGCUCUUGAGAACCCGGGGCGGGUUCGAUCUGAAUCGACAACACUAUGCAAAAGAAAAAGCAAACCAGCCCACUACACAUCAGAGACAAGAGAGGCACGGGCCGCAAAUUUUCGCAAAACGCGCGCCGCAUCCCGCGCAAAAACGACAGCGCGCGGCGUGCCGCUCGGCUCUUUUAGGUGCGGGCGGGCUCAUUUUUUCGGGUAGGGUCCAUGACUUUCGCCACAGCCUCCAAAAAUGCGUGGCCCAGCCAUACCGUUGCCGCGGGGUGCAGAAGUUUUCCCAACCAGGCCAGCCACUUGCUCUGCUCUGCUAAAACCGCGGGGCCCGCCGGCUCGUCCACUCCGUACUCCCCCACCCAAAACGGACCAAGCUCUUCGCGCUUGUCCGCCAUGAAACCCUCCACCAACUGCUUCACCUUCGGCAUGCUGAUGCCUGUGGCCGCCGCAAUCGAAAGAGGGCAACAAUUGCCGUUCCCCUCGAUCUUUUGCAAAACAUCGGUCGAAGCCGCACCACAAUCGCUGAAAAAACGAAGCCCCCCCCCGAUAUCGUUUCGGGCUUCUGUCAUGCUGAUCUCCUGAAUUUCCCGGGAUUUUCGUGGAAAAUCCUGGGAAACCAGCGAAAGCGCAACCAAGUCCGCGCAUUAGCUGAAACAACGACGGGGGGGGCGCCUGUGUUCACGGCCUUAAGCUUCCCCCGGGGCGGCCGCAGCAGGGGCCUCCGCCGGUUUCUCGCCGCGGAUCCACUCGACCCGGCACAGCCACUUGCCCCGUCCCGGCUUGGGGUUGCGGCUGCCGGGGAGCCUCCCGACUUGGCUCGGCUUGUUGGCGUGCCUGUCCCCCCCUAAAAGGGGGACCAUCACCGUGCGGAAAUCUUUUUCCGCUGUCGCGCCGCCGGGGACCUGAAACCACGCCUGCCAGCAGGCCGCCGAAGUGCGGGUCACCAACUGGCAGCGGUGGUCUUCCUUCGCCCUUUCCACCACCCCCGGCGCAGCGUUGUCCAGGUCGACCAAAAAAUAUCAAACACGCAAAGCCUCCGCAAAACAGCGCCGCGCUACGGGCGCGCGCGCGAGGUAUUGCCCGACGGCUGGGCAGGAAAUUGAGCGACCGCCCAAUCCCCCCUGCCCUUCUGUCAUGGUGCUUGGCCGCGGCCAAUCAAGCAAGCGGCGCCCCUUUCCCCUUGUACGGGCGGCAAGCUAGAAGGAAAACGCGAACCCGCAACGCCCCCCAUGCUACUAAAAGCGCGCGCACGAGGCGGGGGGCGGCGCUGCCCUAUCUAGCCAAGGAACGGCCCCGGCGCUGCGCCACACUGGGCGCGCGCCUUGCAACUCGGGUCGCCUCGCUCGGCCGCCGGCCGGCCGAAGAAAUUUUCUCACCAACCGGCGAAAACCUGCGCCGCGACCUUGGCCGGGGCCUAGGGUUUAGAAUCUCCACCGGGCGCCCGCGGCUUUGCAGAAAAACGCCGCAACUCCAUCGCGCGCAAUGCUUGCGCGCCGUUGCGAAGGCUUUGCGCGUGCACAUGCGUAAAAUCCAGUCGGAGCCCAUCGGGCGAAAGAAAUAAUGAAAAUCCUUCCCGAGCGCGUUGGGCCGCCACGCCUUCGGGUCCGCUCGCUGCUCCAUGCUGGCGACGCCUGAAAAACAGAAAAGAUGAGUGUUGCUAUUUGACAUGUGAAAAAGGAAACCUCACUACGCGGAAAACGACUGAAGCGCCCUGUUUCCCCUCCCUUACUAUAAGAAAGCGGAAGCGAAAAUCUAUCGCAACACCCAAGCGAAAAAGAAUACCUCCCCCACCACGCAGCGGGUCCUUGGCCUGUGUCAGGAUCAACUUCCGGAGGGCCCCGACCGGCAACAACUUCGUGACCCGUGACCUAUCCCCGAAAAAAAUGCUGUCCACACAAAGCUGGCGACCUCACUGCAUACAAGAUCGAAAACGCGAACCGGCAAAACAAAAAAAAAAUCCGUUGCCCCUCGGCGGGGCAAAUGCAAAAAGCCACCACGAGGCCCCGCCGCCUUCCAUGCGCCUGGGGAGUCCAUUUUUUUGGGGGAUAGGUCAUGUCUGCGACAAGUGCCGCCGCAUCCAGAUCGUUCGUCACCAGCCCUUCCCCCGUGUACCGGUAACCCGGAAACGCCGACGGCAUCGGGGGGGGCGGGGGGGGCAGGUUGUGCAGGCCCGGGCCACCGGCCGUGCGGCCCGCGGGCGGAUCGAUGUUGCGCCCGGACGCUUUGCCGCUCGCCUUCGAAUUGUCCCCGCAAUCGGAGUCGCUCGCCACAGAAGCCGGGCCCGCGUCGAGCUGCCCGUUGGUGGGGGCCUGGGUUCCGUCCGGAGCCGGGGCAGCGGGGGCCGGGUCCUGCAGCCAAGAAACGCCCAAGACACUGCCCGGGCCACUGUGCGGAAAUGCCGCCAUUAGGCCGGCAUCCCGCGUCUUUGUGGCGACAUUCGCGGCAAAAUCUUUCUGCUCGGGGCUGAUGGGCUGCGCCCCUUCCAUCGCCAUCGCCAACAUCCCGCCAAGCAUGCUGCGCCAUAAUGGGAAAAAGUGCGCCCAAGCAAAUCACGGGCGGGGGCCCUUGUAUCAUAAAAAACAGCCCAAAGCGCCAGGCGCUGCCUGGCCUGGGCGCCGCAAAAGGCGGAGCCCUUAGCGGGCGGAAACCCUGCAAAGCCUGGGGAUUUGUCAUGCCUAAAAAGCUGCCCGCGCCCUGCAAUUGCAGGGGCUUGGUUUUUUUUCGUAUUUUUUCCUUGGCGCUGAGGCCCUUCCCGAGCGUCUCCAAGCGCUUGAAAUUCGCCCACAGCUUCGCCACCUUCAUACGAGUGAGCCGCAGGCGGUCGCGCUGCUUGUCCGAGUAAGCGCCCGGGUCACUCAUGUCGACCCACCCCGCGGGAGUCAGGCGAGGGGGAAAAUUGCCCGAGUCCCCGAAGCAGAAGUCGGAAUCCUGCAAGUCCAGCAAGCCAGCGACCGCCAAGGCCUUGGCCCGGUCGUAAUCGCCGGCCACCGAAACGAUUUCCAUGGCCAUGGUGUUUGUUGUUUUCUUUCGAUUUGCAAGGCGAAACCGAAAAAAUGCGAGAAGAAGAAAAACGCGCAACAACGACAAAGAUAAAGAAGCCAGAAGCGUCGCAAGCUAGUGCGUAGCUGGUGUUUUUUUGCUUAGUAGUCGAGAGGUUUUUUUUUGUGGUUAGUGUGCUCGUUUUUCGUCCGAGGUAGACAAGUUGUUUUUUUUUGGGUAGCGUGUUCUUUUUUUCGUCUGAACAAGACAAACUGAAGUUGGGCACUGUAAGGGUAAUGAAGAUGAAACAAGAAAAAAGUAAUAUAAGCAUGAGCCAACGCAAAGUCAUCAUAUGCCUAUCACGUGACUGCUCACAUGAUAAUCGUAUGAUUUUGCACCCCCAUAAGCCAUUUUGAGUUGUUUCGCUCACAUGAUAAUCAUGUGAUUAUCAUGUGAGGCCCGACGCUCGACAGCGAAAGUAUUUUUCCAAUUAUAUGACGCAACGCCCGUCAUACGUACGAAAGGAAGCGUAAAAACGUGAACGAAACACAACGAAAACAACGAAAGAACGAAAACCGAUCGUAUACACAAUACGACGACAACUCAGAUUGCAUCCCGUAAGGCCAUGAAAAAAAGUGAAAAAGACAACUCAGCACGAAGCAAUUCAGAUUACUGCAUGCAUUUAUACGAUUACGAUACUUAUGCAAUGCAUAUCAACCCGCCCCGGAAGCGACGAGGACAAAUGAUGGCAAGAACGUCACUCUCACUAUCAACUGCAAAUAUGUCUGGGUUUGGAAACUUCAACUUGUGAUGCAUGUCACUGAAUAAUAUAUAACCACACUGUAAUGCACCGCCAGGCAUGACAAAUUUUUUGUUUUCUCGUGGGGGUUGUGUUGCCUUGCGUAGUCCGCAUGAGAACAAAUAACAGCGUCUUUGCAUGACAGAUCGAAGAGGAGGUGUGCCGAUGGCCCUACGCAACACAGAGUUCAGAGUCACAUGCCAAACUAGCAUGAGAAAUCUCGCAAUCUUCCAGACCCAGAUGACAUAUUUGCGAGACAUACUCGCAAAAGACCAACGGUCUUCCACCACCUCGGCCUACCUUGGGGGCCUCGAUGAGACAACGGAUGAUGAGGAAGAUGAAUUUACGGUGAACGAAGGCGCGGUGACGUUCGGCGCAGCGCUUUCUGCCGCCGCGGGAGCGGGCGGGAACAUAUCAAAUUUUAAUUUAAAAAUGUCUGGGUCUGGAAGAAUACAAACUUGUGAUGCACAUUUCAGAACACAGAGAAAUCUCUCAUGCAUAGGUAGCCAAAGCUGCUCACUUUCUGUUACCAAAGUGGGGCGACAUUUGUCAUGCGAAUUCGGCAUUGCGGAAGCUUCUCGAAAACCUGUGACGCUAGAGCUUCCAUGCCACCAGACCUUCUGUGUCAUGCAAAAACAGCAUGACUCUUCCAGACCCAGACACUUUUGCUGCACUCGAUAGAACAACAAAGGCAGCAAUAG